UCGGGCUUGACCCCUCUUCUGGCCAUGGGGCGAUUUUCGGCGGGCCGGUGGUGCUCCCUUUUGGCGUUCCAGCUGGCCGCCUGCAUCUUCCACGCCUCCCUUCGCUUCGCCCUGUACCCAGUCACCCGGCCUCACCGGGCGCUGGCGGCCCGUGGCGCCAGCCGAAGGUUUUCUCCGCCUCCAGCCGAAGGCAGUUGGAGGCGGAGGAUUUUCGAGAACUGCUGGAGAGACCUGAGGGCGCGCAAGAUCUGCAGGAUAUCUUGAAGGAGAUGCUGGCAGAUGAGGAUCAACUGAAAGAAUCCAACGAAACGUUCCAAGCCAUCACUGCUGCACAGCGUGGGAGGGAAGCGGCCGAUCCAUUGGCCAAGUUCCUCUCAGAUCCACAGCAAGUGUGGUCCUGGAUGCAAUCCAGCGACAAGACGCAACAGCUGAGCGACAUGAUGAAUCGUUCGCCGCUCUUCGAGAAGCUGCGGAACUUCGGCGCCAGCGUUUUGGAGCGGCGCCAAGUGGCGCAGCUGCCGCCGGGCGCAUUGGUGGAGAUCACUGCUCUGAAGGAGGCAUCACAUCUCAACAGCUUGGUCGGAGAAGUGGUGGAGCCAACUCCAGAGGAGACCCAGGAAUUUGCAGACAGGAAGAUCGUUCACCUGGAAGAUGGACAAGGACGCGUGGCCGUGCAUCCGCGGAAUUUGGUGUUUCCGCGCCACAAACCCGGAGAUGCAGUAAUCUUGGAUGCUGAGUUUGAGCCUGGUACUGAACACGAAGGCUUGGAAAAUCGCGCUGCUGUGGUGUCCAUGUUGACUCAAGAGGAGAAGGAGUUGGGCUUUGAUGAGAAAUCAGGACGUUUGGUGGUGGAUGUUUUGAGUUUGCUUCCAGGUGGGCCUGUGCUCCAGAGAAUUCUGAUGUGGCCAGAACAUUUGCAGAGGCGGCCGUUCCAGGUUGGCGACAGCGUGGAGCUACGUGACCUUCGGGCGGACGCGAAGCUGAACGGUGCUGCGGGGGUGGUCCAAGGACCAGGCACUGAAACAUGGAAAUACUUGGUGACUUUGGAUGACGGGCGUCGCUUGGAAAUUCGAUGGAAGAAUUUACUUCUCACGAAUGCCAUGCCGACAACGCCCUUUGAUUGAAAA